AUGAGCUCUCUCACCUUGGCAACUAAUAGGGAUGACAGGGAUGAUAGGGAUGACAGGGAUGAUAGGGAUGAUAGGGAUGACAGAGAUGAUAGAGAUGACAGGGAUGACGAAGAUGAUAGGGAUGACAAAGAUGAUAGGGAUGACAAAGAUGAUAGGGAUCACCAUCAUCGUCGUUCUCCUCCACCUCCACAUCACAAGUAUAGGCCACCGCCCCCACCAAUUCCUAGGCCACAGAGAUCACCACCCCCACCACCUCCCAAUAAGCCACAAAGGUCACCACCCCCACCUCCACCACCACCACACUAUAACUCACCACCCCCACCCCCACCACCACCCAAAGACUCUUCUCCUCCUCCACCACCACCAUACUAUAAAUCACCACCCCCACCACCGUACUAUAAGUCAUCGCCUCCGCCACCACCUCCUAGGAACUUCUCUCCUCCACCACCACCUCCCAAGGACUCCUCUCCUCCUCCACCACCCCCCAAGGACUCCUCUCCUCCACCACCACCUCCCAAAGACUCCUCUCCUCCUCCACCACCCCCUAAGGACUCCUCUCCUCCACCACCACCUCUGAAAGACUCAUCUCCUCCUCCACCACCUCCCAAGGACUCCUCUCCUCCUCCACCACCUCCCAAGGACUCCUCUCCUCCUCCACCACCCCCCAGGGACUCCUCUCCUCCACCACCACCUCCCAAAGACUCCUCUCCUCCUCCACCACCCCCUAAGGACUCCUCUCCUCCACCACCACCUCUGAAAGACUCAUCUCCUCCUCCACCACCCCCCAAGGACUCCUCUCCUCCUCCACCACCUCCCAAGGACUCCUCUCCUCCUCCACCACCUCCCAAGGACUCCUCUCCUCCUCCACCACCCCCCAGGGACUCCUCUCCUCCACCACCACCCCCCAUGGACUCCUCUCCUCCACCACCACCUCCCAAGGACUCCUCCCCUCCUCCACCACCCUCUAAGGACUCCUCCCCUCCUCCACCACCCUCUAAGGACUCCUCUCCUCCACCACCACCUCUGAAGGGACUUCUCACCUCCUCCACCUCCUCCCAAGGACUCCUCUCCUCCUCCACCACCCCUUAA